CUUAUUUUAUUUAAGACUUUUGGUAGAGGUAAAAAAUCGGCGUUAGAUGGAUUCGUCUAUGAGGAUAAUGACUUUUAUUUUAAAAUCUCCAUUGUUUUAGGUGCGACAAUGGCAACGUCAAGAGCAAUUCUUAUGACUAUUGGACAGCUUUCGUUCUAUGAUCAAAUUAAACAAAUGUUGAUCGAGAGUGGCAUCGCGAAAGACAACUUGUACACACAUUUCACGAGUAGUUUCUGUGCGGCUAGUAUUGCAACUAUGCUAACACAGCCAUUAGAUGUCAUGAAGACUCGAUUAAUGAAUGCUCCACCGGGCCAGUUCAAGGGCAUUGUUGAUUGUUUCUUCUAUACAGCUAAGCUUGGACCAGCCGGCUUCUUCAAAGGAUUCAUACCUGCGUGGGUGAGGCUUGCACCUCAUACUGUACUCACCUUUAUCUUUUUCGAACAACUGCGUAUGAACUUUGGCUACUUCAAGUAG